AUGCCUGCUGCUGUUGCGAACCAUUCGCAUCGCCCCACCACCAAGGUGUCGCACAAGCCGUUCAAGUCAAAGGCUGCUUCGAAACACGAACUGAGAGAUCGUGCUAAAGGUCGGGUCCCCAACGAACGAAGCCAAAGACGGACACCACACCAGCAGGUCAUGUCCAAAUUCGACCGCCGAAACCAAGCCAAACAGGCUCGCUUGACCAAGCACAGAGAACACCUCAAGGAGACUUCAAUCUUCUCCGGAAAGGAUGGCGCUCCUCGAGUUGUUGCUGUUGUUCCUCUCUGCGCUGACGGUGAUGUCAAAUACGCCAUCAAGCAGUUGAACGACAGCCUGGAUAUUGAAACACAAGUUCAAGACAGCCCGUUCCGAGUGUCAGUCGACCGAUUUAAGCAAAAGCUCCAGUAUAUUCCUCUCCAGCGCGACCUGAAUGCCUGUUUAGACGCCGCUCGAGUCGCCGAUUUUGUCGUCGUGAUCCUCUCUGCCAACGAAGAAGUUGACGCACUGGGAGAAUUGAUUCUGCGAAGUAUUGAAAGCCAGGGCAUGUCAACCCUCUUUACUUUGGUACAAGGCCUUGACAAGGUCGAACCAGCUAAGCAGCGACUAUCCACCGUGGGAUCUCUCAAGUCCUUCAUCACCCAUUUCCACCCCGAACAAGAGAAGGUGUACAGCUUGGAUAAUAGGCAAGAAUGCUCCAACCUGAUGCGAUCGCUUUGCAACACGACGCCCAAAGGUGUUCGUUGGAGAGAGGAUAGAAGCUGGAUGCUGGCAGAGGACAUUACGUUUGCAGCCAACAAGUCAGAGUCUACUAUUGUCACUGGUGUGGUUCGCGGCCGAGGUUUGAAGGCUGAUAGGUUGGUACAAAUCGGCGAUUGGGGAACGUAUCAAAUCGACAAGAUUGUCGCUGCUCCCCUGCCAAAGCACGCCAAGAAAGGUGAGGAUGUGGUCGAGGAGGCAGAAUCCACCAAGGUCCUGGAAGAGCCAUCAGACGAUCGGGACGACUUGAACGAACUCGCCCCAGAAGAUGUUGUCAUGGAUGCGGACGACGAUGCCGACAUGGUUGCCGAGCCUGCACCCAAAAAGGGAGUAUUGCUCGACGAACACCAUUACUUCUCUGACGAUGAUGCGGAGGAAAAGAAGAUCAAAAGAAGGCUGCCCAAGGGUACUUCCAAGUACCAAUCAGCCUGGUACCUGGAUGAUGUUUCCGACUCUGGUUCCGACUUGGAAGAUAUCGAAAUGGAUGACGGCAAGGACGAUGACGAGGAUAUUGGCGCCGAAGACGGCAUCGAAGGAUACGCACAGCCAGAACCCACUGAAGCUGGUCCCUCUGAAUACCCGCAAUCUGAAAUGAUGGACGUCCCAGACGAGGCCGAAGAUGCACAGCAACUAGCACAAUAUCGUGCCCGCAAGCACGACGAAGCAGAGGAUGACAAAGAAUUCCCGGAUGAAAUCGAACUGCAUCCUCAUGUCCUCGCCCGCGAGAGACUAUCCCGAUACCGGGGCCUUAAGAGCUUGCGCACCAGCCCAUGGCAACAAGAUGAGGAUCGUGCCCACGAGCCCGAAGAAUGGAGACGACUCCUCCAAGUGCCCGACUAUAAUUCAUCACGCUCACGAGCCGUUCGCGAGGCUCUCGUGGGUGGUGUCCAGCCCGGCACCCGCGUCCAAGUCCACAUCAAGGGCAUCCCAGCUGAAUUUGCCACAUCCUACAAGAGCAGUUCUCCGGUGACGCUAUUCUCUCUCCUCCGCCACGAGAACAAAAAGACGAACGUCAACUACCUGUUCAAUCUGAGCACCGACUACGGAAAGUCCAUCAAGUCCAAGGAGGAACUCAUUGCGCAGUGUGGACCACGACGCAUGGUCAUCAAGCCCAUCUUUUCGAACCCAGGCUCUACACCCAACGACGUUCAUAAAUUCUGCCGCUACGUGCACCCAGGCCAAUCAGUCAUUGCGUCCUUCAUGGGCCCCAUCACAUGGGGUGCCGUGCCCGUCAUGUUUUUCAAGAGAACAGCCCCUGGAUCAACGAAUGCCGAUGGCGAGGAGAAUAUCGGUCUAAGUCUCGUGGGCACGGGUACCGCCUUGCCGCCGUCGACGUCUCGAGUCAUUGCCAAGAGAAUCAUUCUGACGGGCCACCCGUACCAUAUCAACAAGAAGAUUGUCACGGUGCGGUACAUGUUCUUCAACCGCGAGGAUGUGGAGUGGUUCUCGGCUCUGCCGCUGUGGACGAGAAGAGGUCGCACGGGCUUUGUGAAGGAGCCGCUUGGUACGCAUGGUUACUUUAAGGCUACGUUUGAUGGGAGGAUUAAUCCCCAGGAUGCGGUGGGCGUGAGCUUGUAUAAGCGGAUGUGGCCACGGAGUGCGACUCCUAUUCAGCAACCGUUGUUGGAGGGUACUGCUGCUAAGCAAGGCCAGAGUGAGGACGUCAUGAUGGAAUGA